AUGGUACUUGUUGCCUUCUGUGUGGGCGUCUACUUCCUCUUCUGGAUGCGAAGAGUUCUGGUGCCUCUCACCUUCGCCCUUUUCCUGGCUUUUCUGUGCGAGCCCGUCCUUGCACUGCUGGUCACGGCCCCUAGGUGGCUUGCUGUGUGGCGCAGAUGCCCACGGCAUCAGCGAAGGCUGACAAAGCAUCCAAAGCAUCCCGGCCUUGGGAACAGAGUCGGAAGAUCUGACGAGGAAGAUGUGCAGGGCGACUUCCCGUCAGACAUGGAUAUCUUUGGGGGCGCCACAAUCAAAAUCAGCGAGUGCGAUGGGGAAACCACGAAGUCCUGCAGCGACUCCUGUGGCGUGUGGCUGCGGCAGAUUUGGAGCAUUCUGGCCGUCAUUAUGCUUGUGUCGGCUCUAUUGACCGUGCUGUUCUUCAUAUUCUACGGUGUGGUCCGCGUUUUUGCUGAUUUUGAUUGGAGUCAGUUCGAGGGUUCUCCGAAGGUUGACGACCUGAAGACGUUCCUGAAGAGAAUGGGAAUUGUUGACGGCAAUCUCGACGUAAAUUUCCAAAGGGUGGCAGCCGAAUUCAAGAGCUAUCUGCUUGAGACUGCUUCCACUUUUUUCAGCUUCUUGGAAGGAACCAUGCUCUGCGUGCUGAUGUUCAUUUUCUGCCUGAUUGGCAUGCUUCCUGAGAUCCACUCUGGCCGAAAGGCAUCUCCGGUCAAGGAAUUGGUCCAGCGAUAUUUGAUUUGCAAGUGUGUGUCCAGCUUUGUGAUUGCUAUCUUCGUGAUGCUGGCCCUUUGGUUGAUGAAAGUCCCGUUGGUCCUUGUUUGGGGCCUUGUGACCUUCGUCACCAACUUCAUUCCAAAUUUAGGCCCCCUGUUUGCCAUCCUUGCCCCGGCUCCUUUCGUGUGGCUGAAGCCAGAUGGCACGCUUUUAGAUACCCUGGUCGUCAUUCUUGUGCAAUUUUUGGUUCACAACAUCGCCGGAAACAUCAUAGAGCCCCACAUCAUGUCACAAGGACUUGCCUUGCACCCACUGACGAUUGUAGUGGCUCUAUUGUUUUGGAGUAGCAUCUGGGGCAUUGCUGGCGCCAUCUUAUCAGUACCCAUCAGCUGUGUGCUGAGACUCUGGCUGGGGGAGUUGGAUGAUCGCAGGGCCAAGCGCUUGUACAGAUUAUUUGAUGAUCCCAUGGGGUGA